AUGGCGACCAACGAGAACAACGAGUCCGGUCUGCCAGAAGAGAUCCUGAUAAACAUCCUCUCAUACCAUCUUCUGCCUUCAGCAAUCAUCAUCGGUCGACAGCGAUACGAAGACAUCAACGUCCCAAGAGGCCCAAUCAUCAAAGAUGGCAUGAUCAAGAGCUAUUCCGACAACGACCUCCACACUGGAGCGUGCAUGCACCAGCACGAAGAAUGGAGACUGCGACUUCGAACAUUGUCUGCUUCAGCCAAGACGAGUCGACAGUUCCACCGCCUGACCAUCACUCUGCUCUAUCAAGUCUACCCAGGUCAAAUACUUGUCAAGCCGGACCUCUUCCUCAGAUCGUUAAAGGAACGACCAGACCUCGCCCUUCUCGUCAAGGAGCUCGUGCUAGAUCCCUGGGAUGCUUUCAACGUCUCUAAGGACUUCACCGCAGCCUUCAACGCCCUCAUGAUACGCUCGCGCGAUGGAGCGAAGUUUCGAGUGAAUGCGAUGCGGGAGAAGGUUGUGGAGAUGUUGCGGUCUGAUUUGGCAAUGGUUCCUGAGUUGGAGAGUAUUCACAUCGAUACGCCGCUGGAACUCGGGAGGGAUUUUGAGCGAUUUGGAUGGAGGUGUGAUAGAGUUGUUGGCGAUGAGAUGGUGGUGAGACCGAGUAUUGCUGGGGACUCGUUGAUGAAGCCGGAGGUGAAGAGGGUUUGGGAGAACUUGCAGAAAGAGAGGGCAAUGAAAACUUCGGUCGUGUUAAGGAGGCAGCGAGUGAGGAUCACGACUUGA